AUGAAAGUGAGCCAAGAGUUUUUCCUCAGGUUGGUUGCAAUUCCUGAAAUGAUGGAGGCCUGUGACAAAUAUGGAAUAAAGAAGACGGUCAGUCAAUUCGUAAUUCCCUUCUCUGCAACCUUGAAGGGUGAUGGUGCCGGUGUGUUCCAAGCGGUUGCCUGCGUAUUCAUUGCUCAACUCACUGGAUUUGAUCUUACAAUUGGAACCUACGUGCUCAUUGCGCUUCUGACGGGUUUCGCGACUCUCGCUAUUCCAAUGGUUCCCAGUGCCAGUAUCAUAAUCAUCAUUACAAUCCUAUCAUCUCUUGGCGCCAAUACCGCAGCAGUAUCGCUCUUGUUCGCCGUCGAAUGGAUCAUUACUACUGAAAUGGUGUUUUCUACUCUUUAUCAAGUAGCAUCGACUCAUUAUAAUUUUACAUCUAUGUCCCUAAUUCCUUUUGAAUUUUCCUUUUGCAGGGAUCGGUGCCGAUCGGGUUCAAUCGGUUAUGGCCACCUGUAUGCUGCUGCAUUUACCCAAUCCGUUGCUAUAGGCCGACGCACAGAGGGUAAAGAUAUUGAAGAGGAGAUGGAAGAAUUCACUGAAUACGAAGUUGAUGACGGUGUAAUAAGUUUCAUGCCAAUAGCACCAGUCAAAAGCCACGAAUUGGGUACGCACAAUCACUUCUUCCAACCUACGUCACACCAUACCUCACAAAAGAACACCCUCGUCAUGCCAAUGAAGGAGCUACGUUCGCUGGAAAACGUGGGAAAAAUGUCAGAAGUGUGGUCGACAGAAGACGGUGUUGAAGUGGCGGAAAAGGAGCCCACGACAUGUGGACAGAAAUUCCUGAAAGGCAUGCGAGAUAAUCUCUUCACGAUUUUGACACUCAUCGGUGUGGCCAUUGGCUUUGGAAUUGGCUUUGGCGUUGGUUCUACGCAUCCAUCACAAACGGCAAUUACAUGGAUAAAAAUGAUUGGUGAUAUUUACAUUCGAUUGCUUCAGCUUACAAUAUUGCCUGUUAUUGCUGCAAAUAUCAUAGUUGUUAUGGCAAGAAUGGAGCCAAAGAAAAAUGGAAAAAUGGGUUUUGCCGCAAUUGGAUUUGUCAUUGGAUUUGAUAUUAUCAGUGGAGCAAUCGGUGUCAUUACAGCAGUCGCUAUCGGUCCGGGAUUGUCAACGCAGCUUACAACUAAUACAACUGAAGAGGAGGGUCCAAAUGAUGCCCCAGUGACAACCUCUGAUGUUUUUGCUGAUCUAUUCUUAAACAUCUUUCCGGACAAUAUUGUCAGUUUAACAAUUUAUCAGCAUUUUAAUCUACUUUCAGGUUUAAUUUUUACAACAAUCGCUUUUGGCAUUGCUGCCGGUGCCUCAGGCAAAGCAGGAGAGGUUUUCGUCAACUUCUUCGAAGCUCUUGGAAAUGUGGUUCUGAUUCUCAUGCGCUGGUUCCUUCAAGCUACUCCUGUUGGAGUUUGUUUCAUGGUUGCUGGUGCUGUUGUCGGGUUGGAUGACGUCGCUGGAACAUUCCAAGGUCUAGGUCUCUUUAUGGCCACAGUAUUGGUUGGCUUAGCUGUACAUAUGAUCCUUCAGAUAAUCGUCUACUCGAUUGCUUCAUUUAGGAACCCGUUCAAACUCGUGUGGAUGGGUUUCCGAGUCACCUUUCUCGCAUUUAUCACCACCUCACCGGUCAUUGCUAUUCCGGAAAUGUUGGAAACUUGCGAUAAAUAUGGCAUAUCAAAGAAAGUCAGCCGGUUUGUGAUUCCAUUUUCAGCUGCUCUCAAAGGUGACGCCUCGGGGGUGUUCCAAGCCAUUGCCUGCGUCUUUAUCGCGCAGAUGACUCACUACGAACUGACAGUCGGCACUUACGUAAUUAUUGCGCUUUUGACGGGUUUUGCCACUCUUGCGAUUCCGAACGUUCCAAGUUCGAGCAUCAUCAUUAUCAUCACAAUCCUCUCAUCGAUUGGUGUGAGCACUGCGGAAGUAUCGCUUCUCUUUGCAGUUGAAUGGCUUAUGGAUCGUUGCCGUUCGGGUUCAAUCGGUUUGGGUCAUCUGUUUGCGGCAGCCUUCACCCAUUCAGUGGCAAUUGGUAGGCGAACAGAAGGUCAAAAUAUUGAUGAUGAUGAUGAUGAUUGGAAAAUUGAAAAAGAGGAAUUCACAGAACAAUAG